AAGGCCAUUUGAACGUAUACAGGUCGUCCAUUCCUGAGUUAAUUUUCAGCUUACACUCUGUGUAUUCGCUAACAACAGCUUAAGCGGUCCGGCGCUUUUUAGUUGGUUUUAAUGGAACGAUCUUUACCUCCUUGUUAUAGACUUCUCCACACGUCGGUAUUACGAAAUGACUUCCGAAGGCUGGCAAUAUACAUUCUCCUGCUUACUUACUUUUGCUAUACACUUUACCAUGCCUCACGAAAACCCCUUAGCAUUGUUAAGACGGUUCUUCAUCGUUCCGGCGUAAAUGGACAACUAAGAACUGUUGGUUUCACUUCUGACGGCUGGAAACCGUUUGAUUCUGACAAUUGGAGUCAGUUACUGGGUGGCCUUGAAUAUAUUUAUUUGUUUGUUUAUGCAGUUUCAAUGAUUCUAAGUGGCUUUCUUGCAGAAAGAGUCAAUUUAAGAUACUUCUUAUCUAUCGGAAUGUUUCUUAGUGGAGUUUCAACUUUUGCACUUGGACUGGCUUCAUACUUUGAAAUUCACUACUACUCAUACUUCGUCUUUAUACAGGUGUUUUCUGGUUUUGUUCAAGCUUCUGGAUGGCCGGCUGUUGUUACUCUGGUGGGAAAUUGGUGGGGCAAAAGCAGACGGGGACUUAUUAUGGGUCUUUGGAAUUCUCAUACAAGUUUAGGAAAUAUCAUAGGUUCCGUCAUUGCCGGAAUCUAUGUUGAAACAAAUUGGGGGGCUUCUUUUUAUCUCCCAGGUCUUAUUAUGAUGGUUGGGGCGUUGGUUGUCUACCUGACAGUUAUAGAGCAUCCUAACAUGAUCUAUAACUCGGCUAGUUCCGAAAAAACAGGUACUCAAAUUCCAAUGUCAGGAAGCAUAUAUGGGGGAAACAUCGACCGCGAAAGGUCAGACAAAGAUGGUUUGAGGCCUUUAAUAUCGGAUAUCGAGGCCACUCGACCAAUUAAUUUCAUUGAAGCUCUUCUAUUACCAAGUGUGUUUACCUACUCACUCUUAUUAUUCUUUACGAAACUUGUCUCAUAUACAUUUCUUUAUUGGUUACCAAACUACUUAACCAUUGUUGAACAUGUGUCAGCUGAACAGGCUGCUAAACUUUCUGUGUUGUUCGAUGUUGGUGGCAUAAUCGGUGGUGUAUUGAUAGGAUGGUUUAGUGAUAGUCAGUCAAAUGGACAAAAUCUCAACGAAGAUGAAAAAACAAUAAAAAAACGUGCACUUGCUUGUCUUGUUAUGCUAGCUUGUGCGGCACCUUUGCUAUUAGCUUAUCGUUCUAUGACUUCUGCGAACUCGCCGAUGUCGUUAAUUUUACUUACAUGUUGCGGUUCUGCAAUCAACGGACCUUAUGCAUUAGUUACAACUGCUGUAUCUGCCGACUUAGGUACUCAGUCGGCCUUGCUAGGACGAACUCGUGCUUUGGCUACAAUUACAUCUAUUAUUGAUGGAAUGGGAUCAUUGGGUGCUGCGUUAGGUCCACUUCUGACUGGUUUACUAGUUCCAUAUGGUUGGUCUGUCGUAUUUGCUAUGCUUAUCACAUCCGAUCUACUGGCUAUGUUAAUGUCAAUAUGGAUUGUCGUUAAUUCAAGUCGUCGUCAACACCGUCGAACAUAUUAUCGACUUCAAUCAACAAUUCCUAUUUAAUUGGAAUUUGUUUUUACUUACAGCAAGAAAAAAUAACAGCACAAGUCAUAUCAGUUUCGAAAUAGCUGUGAAUAAAUUUUGUCUUUUUCUUUCAAUAUGUCAUAUUGCACCAUAUAUUAUUACUUCAACUGUACGUAUAUAGAUACAUAUAUUCUUAUGUGGUAGUUUUUUUACAGCCUGUUAGGUUUUUCUUAGAAUUCUUUUUGUUACUGAAACGAAUGUAACCAACAUAUCAUUAUCGAUAUUAUUGUUUAUCAUUACUAUUAUUGUCUUUUAUGAAUUCAGGGCUUUUUCAGGAUUCCAUGUAUAUUCUAGACUUUUCUGCCUUGUUUUUCGGUGUUUUUUCCGCCUAUUAAUUCUAGAUAAUACAUGCGUAUAUAUACUUACUGAUGUCUUACAUACUUAGGUGUUUGUUUAUCAUACUCAUUUUGAAAGUGUUAUUAUCUGUAUGAGAGAAAAAACUGAGUAAACUAUAAUAAAUAUUGA